AUGGUGUCACCAGCUACUGAGGAGCUUGAACUUCGCAUGGCUUUACUAAAUACCAGGUCACUAGUAAACAAAGCGUUUUUAUUGAAUGACUUCUUCACUUCACGGGAUUUGGACUUUAUGCUUCUGGCAGAGACUUGGCUUCGGGAUGUUGAAUGUAAUUCAAGCCUGUCAUGUUUGUCGUUACUGCUUCACUAUUUCAAAAUGCAUGACUAUGACGGUAAUAACCUGCUGGAUGGGCUCGAGCUUGCCACUGCCAUUACACAUGUACACAAGGAGGAGAAAGGUGAGAACAGUCCACCAAUGAAGGAGCAGGACCUAAUCAGUAUUAUUGAUCAAGUCCUUCGGGAUGAUGACAAAAACAAUGAUGGCUACAUCGACUAUGCUGAGUUUGCGAAGUCUCUCCAGUAACUGGGAGGUGGGUGGGUGGUGUGGAGGAGUGUGCUGCAUUACUGUGAGCUCUGAUUUACCUCUAAUCGAACGGUAUCAGUGAUCUGGGUGUCUGCGUUAUCACAUGCACAGAAAACCUACAGUGUUCCUUAGGCUGUGUUUCUUCUUGUAGUA